CUGUAAUUGGGAACCGCUGCUUUAGAGUAUAAACUAAGGAUGGCCAAACACUCCUAAAUUUCUUCAUCGCAUGAAAAAGCCAUUUAGUUUACCAUCAAAUUUGAUCAUAAGCAACUCUUUUUAACCACUGGUAGUGUAUGGUGAGAUGUCUAUUAAAACUAACCAUCAGAAAACUGACGAGGCACAUCUUAACUUUUAUUAUCACAGCCAGCACUUGACACCACUUUGCUCAUUCAAAGACAAUGUUUCAAUCAGGGUUGAUGUGCUGAACAAACAUGACAAAUGAUAACAUUUUUGGUCAGCAUGAUUCUGACUUUUCUGUUCUUCUCAGCUGUUGCAGGAUGUCACCAGUCAUCUCCCUCCCAUGUUCCCCACGACCCACUGGUGGUCGUCAGGGGACAGAAUGUCUCUCUGACCUGCAACAUUACGUCCAGCUCUGAUAUCACCUGGUACCUGCUGAGUUCAGACCGGCUGUUGCCUCUGCUUAGUGUCUCAGAGAGUAAACUCAAAAACAAAAAAGACAUCAUUAAUCCUUACUCCAGUCGCAUUGCAUGGACAGGAGACCUGAGUAGUGGGCUGAUCCGACUGGAGAUUCAGGCUGUGGAGGAGCAAGAUGCUGGACUGUACUUUUGUUCUGGGCUUUGUGAAGCUAAGGUGUGUGUAAGCAGAGGAAUUCCCCUGAAACUUAAUGGAGUUGAUGGGGACGCCGCUGGAAGAAAAACUCGCCAACCUUGUUGGAGUCUGGGGAUCUGUGUCCUUCCGGGUUUACUCGGCCUCUGUUCCUUUCUGAUGAUUGGACUCUACCUGUGCUCAGGUAAACUGGGUCUUUGCUGCUGUAAUCCAAGGAGACAGCAUUCUUUGAGGAUCACAGAGGAUGAUUCUUUACAUUACUCCAGUCUGAGGCAUCCAGAUAAGUCCCGCCCGUCUGUCAAGUCCAGACCCAGAUUAGCAGAAGACCUGGUCACAUAUUCUACUGUGACCACUCGCAAAAACUUAAAUGGAUAAUAAGCAGAAAAUAAAUAAUUUUAUUUCUGCUCAGCGACUCUUGAUAUGACAUUUGUUGAAACUUUAUUCUAGUUUAAAAGUAAAAAUAAUUUUCUAUUUUUUUUUUCAGUAAAUCUAGAGCAUACACAGAUUUCUAGAUAACUGUUUUAGUCCUUCAGUAGUGCUAAAUAAAAUAUUAAUAUUUCAAAUUUUCUGCCAUACCCACAAAGCGGGACACAAAAUGGGACUACAAUGCAAUUCAAUAUAAAAAAUAUAGAGAUGUAUUUUAAACACCUCUUAGCCUCGUGUGCAAUUAAAUUUCAAUGAAUAUCAAAGCAAAAGUAGCAAUUCUGAAAAUAAAUUUUAUGUUUACAAUUUAGUUUAGAAUUUCAGUUUAGGAUUAUCCUGACAAUAAAUCGCUUGGUUCACAUUUUUAAAUCACAUAAUUUGAAAUUCAAAAUCUGAAUCUCUGUUACAUCUGAUGAAGAAAGAAAGUACGGUAUUGUUUUGUUGUUGUUGUUGCUAUGUGAAUACAGCCCUAUACAUAUUAAAUAUAACUGAGUCAGUUAAUAUGAGGUUGAUCUGGACUCCUAAUAGAAUAAAGGUACAGUACAGCAACAAAUUCAAUAGCUGAUAUAAAAUUUCAUUAAUUGCUAUAAUUAAACAUAGGAUAUCUUAAGAGUUUUGAACUAGUGGAAGAACAAACAACAAAUCUCCAACAUACCCAGAUAACAUAAUCUCAUUAUUCUCAAGAUGAUUAUGAGGUAUAAUGUAAGCUAUAUCAUUCAUCUUUGUUUUACUGUUAAAAUUUUGUGCAACUGCGAUAAAAAUGUUUUUUGUUCUUUUGCUUCCUGCUUUACGUCUAUAUAACCAGUAAGCUACUGACAUCAAGAAUGUAAAUAUGAGCAAUAAUGCUGGCAGAAGCUGAACACUGAGGAUGGAGGGGACUCACAGAAUCCUGAUGUGAGGAAAUUCUCUUGUAUGAAAAAGUUACCAGCUCAGAUCAGCAUAACAUUUUCUUUGUUUUCUUUUGUUUUCUUCUUCUUCUUUUUUAUUUUUUUUAUUUUUUAUUUUUUUACAGUGUACAUUUGUAUUCCACUGUCAAUUAUGGGUAUGGUAAUUUUUUUCAGUAACUCAAAUGUAAAUAUGUUUAUGAUGUUAAACUAACUUUCAUAAAGUGUUUUAGAAGUAAAAAGCUGAUUCUGU